GCUUCAAUGCCGUUCAUCAUCUAAGCUCAAAAAGUUUGGGAGAAAUAUUCGUUGAAUUGUAUCAUUCACGUUUCUGAAAAAUGGUAAUUCGGAGGCCUAUACGUAAUGCGUAGUGACAAGUUUUACUGAUAGAAUGCCCAAGUGAUAUGAAUGAGGUUUAGGAAGCAGGCAGACGGGUAGUUGAGUAUAUUUGUUUGUUUUCCAAUGGGAGAGGUCUUUGAUGGAGGAGAGCAUGAAACGCCCACCAAUCACAAUUCAGAGUCACGCUCAGGCCUUAAUAAGGUUUCAAUAAUACCUCUCGUCUUCCUCAUCUACUAUGAGGUCUCAGGAGGUCCCUUUGGUGUUGAGGAUUCUGUGAAAGCAGGAGGGCCUCUAUUAGCCCUAUUGGGUUUUCUUUUAUUUCCAAUCAUAUGGAGCAUCCCGGAGGCCCUUGUGACUGCAGAAAUGGGCACCCUUUUUCCGGAGAAUGGUGGGUAUGUUGUCUGGGUGUCUUGUGCAUUUGGUUCCUUCUGGGGAUUCCAACAGGGAUGGAUGAAGUGGCUGAGCGGAGUCAUAGACAAUGCAUUAUACCCAGUUUUGUUCUUGGACUAUCUCCAAUCUGCCAUCCCUGCUUUGGAAGGGGGUCUGCCCAGGGUCAUGGCUGUCUUGGCCUUGACAAUUUGUCUCACCUAUGUGAAUUAUCGGGGACUGACCGUUGUGGGUUGGACUGCAGUUGCUUUGGGCGUGUUUACCCUAUUGCCUUUCUGUGUCAUGGGACUGAUAUCGAUCCCAAGGCUGGAUCCUGCAAGGUGGGUGGUUGUGGAUAUGGGAAACGUGGAUUGGAAUCUGUAUUUGAACACAUUGUUUUGGAACCUCAAUUACUGGGACUCCAUCAGUACUCUUGCGGGAGAGGUGGAGAAUCCUGGCAGGACACUUCCCAAGGCCCUUUCUUGGGCGGUGGUAUUGGUGGUGCUGAGCUACUUUGUGCCACUCCUGUGUGGCAUAGGGGCAGUCGAGCUUAACAGGAGCCAAUGGGAGGAUGGCUACUUUGCAGUCAUUGCCAAGAUGUUAGGUGGAGUUUGGCUGAGGUGGUGGAUGGAGGCAGCAGCCGCAGCGUCAAAUAUGGGGAUGUUUGAGGCAGAGAUGAGUAGUGAUUCAUUCCAGCUUCUUGGGAUGGCAGAGAGAGGAAUGUUGCCAGAGGUCUUCGGCAUUAGGUCCAGGCAUGGCACCCCUCUGUUGGGCAUUCUGUGUUCGGCCUCUGGUGUGCUUUUGCUCUCAUCUAUGAGUUUUCAGGAAAUUAUAGCUGCAGAGAAUUAUCUUUAUUGUUUUGGCAUGAUUUUGGAGUUUGCAGCUUUUAUAUGGUUGAGGAUCAAGAAACCAACAAUGCCUAGGCCUUACAAGAUUCCUCUUGGGACUGUGGGGAUUGUCUUGAUGUGUAUUCCACCUUCGGCUCUCUUGUGUACAGUGUUGUUGGUUGCCUCUUUGAAAGUCAUGGUUGUGAGCAUCACUGCAAUUAUCAUUGGGUUUCUUCUCUAUCCGGGUAUCGAGUCCCUGAAAAAAAGGGGUUGGAUGAGGUUUAGCACCACCCGAGCUCUUUCUGCUAAUGGGGAUCCAUUCCCUCAGGAAGAGGCUAGGCUUCUGUCAUAACAUGACUAGUGUAUGUAUGCUUGCAAUAAUGCCCUUCUCGUUGUAAAUCUAUCUUGCUACUAAUAUAGAAACAAAAGUUUCCAUUUUGUUAA